GCGGUUGAUGUCCCACCAAAACCCUACUUAAUUGUAAGAUAUCGAGUCCGAGGAAGGGGGCGACUCGGAGCAGCGGUGGAGGAGAUAAAAGGCCAUGCAACAGCGGAGUGUCUCUGCCAGCCGGCGGCCGUCGGGAACGGAUGGCUCGGAUUUCUCCUACCGCAUGGUCGUCGAUUCCAGGUACACCAGGGUCGCUAAAGGCAAAUCCAGGCUUGGAGCUCUGCUUGCCGCGCAGACUGCCAGUCAAGUGGUUUGGACAUCACUAAUGUUUCUAUCUGCAUCACAUGAGAAGAAGUUUGAGACCUUUGCUGCCAUAUCACUUUCAGUUGGAUUCAUUUCCCUCGUAAUUGGAGAAUUAGGUCGGAGGCGCAGUCAUAUAACUCUGUUGAGAUUGUACGCAAUCAUAUCGUCUAUUGCAACUGUGUUAUCAGUUGCUUCUAUUAUUAGGAGCGACUUGCACUUGAAGGUCAUCAAAUACCAAAGCACUGCAGAUAUGACAUAUUAUGAGCUCCUUGACAUUGGACGCACUUUAAUCGGUGUUAUGCUGCAGAUACUUAUUAUAAUUACGACAGUUUCACUUGUGUACAACAUGUCUCCCAAGAGAAUCUCCUGAAUCAUGUUAAAGACGGAUAAGCUGCUCAGAGAUUGUGCUCGACACCAUUUGGCUAAUACUGAGGCAUAGAAACUGUGAUAAUUGGUAAAUUUUGUUGAAGAAACAUCUUUUGCAUAUUAAAAUAUCAGAUUUGGUCAAAGAGAUUGAUUUCUGGUAAAAAUAGGCUUAUGUGGAUUUGAGUCACAAUGAAUCAAAAAUAUUCCUAGAUGCUUCUGGAACCCUUUCUUUGCAUGGAGUGUGUGCUAUUUAGGUUGGUACAUCUUUAUAGAAUUUGCAUGCCUCGUUUUUAAAUUGGGAAUUUAGCUACGUAGAUACUCAAAAUUCAUUUCAUACUAAAGACACUUAUUCUUGUAUACUCGUAGUGUUCAAACCGGACUUGUCGUCCGUAUUCAAAUCCAGCAUAUUGAGUUUAAAUACAUACGAGUCCGAAAUGCAUCCGAAUAUAUUACUUAAUAAAGAUGGUUUCCCAAGAUAUGGUCGAAUCCAAAAGGAACAAGUAUAUGUAUUAUGUUUGUUAAUUAUGUGCGGAGAUGACACAGUCUUCGUUCUUUUCGAACAGAUAUUAUUAAUAACAAUAUAGAGUGCCUCCUCCUCAUUGUAAAGCUAACAUUAUCCUAAUCUUAGUGGCCGUAACAGCAAUUGCAUUAGUGGUCACGACAGACACAAUUGUUUCACCCAAGCUUGAUCGUCGCGGUUGGCGUAGCUAGUGAGUCAUGCCACGCGACAAACCUGGACCGUACGAUCUUGAUCUCCUGGUGUCUCGGCAGCAUCCUCCAUGUAACGACAAAGUCAAAUCGGUAGAGAGUAGGACGCGGUCCCACCCGCUUAAUAACUCGCCACGUUGCUCGAAUUAAUGAGUCACGUGAGUUACCACCCUUCGCGGGUAAACUCGUCAACCGCCACUCACCAUUCGACACGUCCUCCCCCCCCUCCUCAGCCGGCAGCGGCUCGGGCUCCACGAAUGUUGCUGUGGUUGUCACAACACGCCACCGAGAGCCGAGCCGCUGUGUACGGCGCGAGCCAGCGAGAAGAGGAGCUGGCUUUGUUCUGGGCGCCUAUAAAUUGAUCUUGCUCGACUCCCGCGGAGCGCACAGGGAGUCGUCGCACCCAACGGGAAGGAUUAAGAAGGGUCAAUCCAGGCGAUCCGUGGGCGAAAUCUGUUCGAUCGUUGGGUUUCUCUCCUCUUCGGAAUCGUUUCUCGGUUUUGGGGUUCAUCACUCGAGCUUGAUACGAGAAAGCACAACAAGAACCAAGCUUCAAUUAGCUGAGCAAUGGAGGUAUAUGGCAAAUCUAUGAUUGCCGAGCCAAGCAAUGUGAUUUACUUGUCCAGUAUUCUUAACAAGGAAGGGCUGAUUCCUAGUCACAAAUGUGACAAGAGGUGCCAAAACGAACAUGUGUUUGGGAACAUGUACCGCUGCAAACUAACAGGACUGACACACAUCUGCGAUAAAAAUUGUGAGCAGAGGAUUUUGUACGAUAACCAUAGUUCUCUUUGCAGAGUGAGCGGCCAGUUUUUUCCUCUUUCGCCAGCAGAAGAGCAGGCGGUGAGAGGAGUCCGAAGGAAGCUGGAAGUGACAAAUACCGAUGGCUGUGCUUUUAAGCGCAGGCGCGAUGCCCAGCUGCAUCCUUCUCCCUUCGAGAGGAUCUUUUCUGCAGUCUCUCCAAUAUGCAGUCAAAUUGGAGAUGGCAUGGAUAUGAGUUAGAGCUGAUUAGUUCCAUUUCUUUCCCUUCUCCCUUUCUUUUCCCCCAGCCAUCUUUGUUCUGGAUGGAAUCAAGGGCUUCUAUUUUAUUAUGGAACUUGGAACUGAACUAUUUUGUCAAGGGUAUGUAGGGAAUCUGCAGUAACUUCUACUUGGUACUGUUCUGCUGUAACUGUUUUAACUUUGAACUUCCUAUUAAGAGGCUAAUAGUCUUGUGAACCAAAUAUCUAGGUUUACCUCCUGAGAAAUUAUUGUUGCUUAUUUCAAGAGUCACUAGUAGCUGCAUCAUAGACCAAGUCCUCUUAGUGUUCAUUGCUCUCUUUAGUUUAUAUGCUUAUCCUGUCUUGCAUCUGGUGUAGAAAAUUAUGUGUGCUUUAUUUGAAUGCUUUCUCUCUUCAUGCUUAUUGCACUCUUAUUGUAUUAUGAAUUUUAACAAUCACUUGUACUGUUCUGUGAUAUACGAGUAUAGAUCUAUUUUGUUUGCUUGUAGGUCAAUAUGAUGACUGUGUUCUUUCUCACCGAAUUUACUUAACCUUAGCUUAACUUUUGGGUGCAUAAUAACUUGAAUUGGCAGAUCUUCUGCUUCAAAGUGUGAUUACCACUUUACUUGUUUAUAACUUAACAAUCUUCUAACUGUUUGCUAAACUGAUUUUCAAUUUUUAUGUUUGUAUAUCUGAAAGUCUAUGUUGUUUUGCAGGUCUUCCAAGCGCUGAAAGAUCAGUAUAUGAAAAUUGUUUUUCAGUGAAUUGGUUUUUAUUUUAGCACAUGAGGGGCUCAUGGUUCCUAACCGCAUAUUUUCAAUUUGCAGGUGCAACAGGAUGAGGGCAGUCAGAUCUCUUACCAUAAGACAUGAGAAAGCGACUUCUUUUAUAUGGCUUGUGAUGAGAUUCUUUCAUCAGAUCCUGAUACCUUGGAAUGUAUUGGUGGUCGGGCUAGAGAACCCUUUGCAGCUAACGCAUCUGAUCACCCAGAAAAAUGACCUGUUAUUUUUAAAGGUGGUAUCUCGUUGCUUGUUGCAACCUAUAUCAAAAAGCAAACAGGCUCCUUGCAGUGCUUCUGCUUCAGUCUUCUAUCAUGAAACAGAUAUAUUGAAUUGAGAAAGAAUUAAGAAUCGAGGGUGGUCAAUCUCCUUACGAUCGCUAGCUGCGCUUUUGCUGGAUGAUAUACCACACGUUAUUUAAAUGUAUCCCAAUGACAAUUCUUAUUUUUAUAGGAAAACAUGUCUGAUGAAUCUCUUUUUUUUUUUUUUUACUAUUUUAAUGUAUAUGCAGCUGUACUUCAAUUUUAAUUAGAGUUUGAAUUUUGUUUUCUUA